UCUCUUUAAUCCAUUCUUUCCCCCUAAUCGAAAUGGGAGACUUUUGGAAUUAUAAAUUGAAAGGACGCUCUACUAAACUGAAACAACGCGUUUUAAAUGAGCACAAAACAGAACUUAAAGCGUAAAGUAGUUCCGGCGGGGCGGGGUCAUAGCCUCUGACGUCGGCGUCUGGGCGCGCAGUUCAGUUUAGCUUCCCAGCAAUGGACCCGGGCCACGGUGGGACGUGGGCGCGUAUGAACCGCGCGGCAGAGGAGUUUUACGCUCGUCUUCGGCAGGAAUUUAAUGAAGAAAAGAAAGGAGCCUGUAAAGAUCCAUUUAUCUAUGAGGCUGAUGUACAAGUGCAGUUGAUCAGCAAAGGCCAACCAAAUAUUCUGAAAACUAUUCUAAAUGAAAAUGACUUAGUGUUUCUUGUGGAAAAGGUGGUUUUGGAGAAGGAAGAAACAAGUCAUGUUGAAGAAGCACAGUCUGAAGAAACUGCUAUUUCUGAUCUCUCUACUGGUGAAAAUAUUAGGCCACUGGCCUUACCUGUUGGGAGAGCAAGGCAGUUAAUUGGGCUUUACACCAUGGCCCACAACCCUAAUAUGACCCAUUUGAAGAUUAAGCAGCCUGUGGCAGCCCUUCCUCCUCUGUGGGUGAGAUGUGACGGUUCAGAUCCUGAAGGUACCUGCUGGCUAGGAGCUGAGCUUAUCACAGCAAAUGACAUCAUUACGGGUGUUGUCUUGUAUGUGGUCACUUGUAAAGCUGAUAAAAAUUACUCUGAAGAUCUGGAGAAUCUAAAAAACUCACACAAGAAAAGACAUCACUUGUCUACUGUAACAGCCAGAGGCUUUGCCCAGUAUGAGCUCUUUAAGUCUACUGACUUGGAUGACACUGUUACCCGCUCACAAACUACAGUCACUCUGGACCUUUCCUGGAGCCCUGUAGAUGAGAUUCUUCAAACCCCUCCCCUGUCUUCAACUGCAGCUCUGAAUAUCAGAGUACAAUCAGGAGAGCCCAGAGGUUGUUUGAAUCAGCUUCACAGAGAACUGAAGUUUCUCCUUGUUUUAGCUGAUGGCAUCAGGACUGGUGUAACUGAAUGGCUCGAACCUCUGGAAACAAAAUCUGCUCUUGAAUUUGUGCAGGAAUUUCUGAAUGACUUAAAUAAACUGGACGAAUUUGAUGAUUCUACAAAAAAUGACAAACAAAAAGAGGCAGUGAACUCUGACGCAGCUGCAGCUGUCAGGUCUAUGCUUGUCACAGUGCGGGGGGAUCUCGAUUUUGCUGAACAGCUUUGGUGCAAAAUGAGCAGCAGUGUGGUUUCAUAUCAAGACUUGGUGAAGUGUUUGACAUUGAUCCUACAGAGUCUGCAGCGUGGUGAUAUACAGCCAUGGUUGCACAGUGGGAGCAACAGUUUACUGAGCAAGCUCAUUCACCAGUCUUACCACGGAGCCAUGGACAGUGUCCCUCUCUCUGGAACCACUCCACUGCAGAUGCUUUUGGAAAUUGGUUUGGACAAACUGAAGAAAGAUUAUAUCAGCUUUUUUGUCAGUCAGGAACUUGCAUCUUUGAAUCAUUUGGAAUACUUCAUUUCUCCAGCAGUGACAACACAGGAACAGGUUUACCGUGUUCAGAAACUCCAUCAUAUUCUUGAAAUAUUAGUCAUCUGCAUGCUUUUCAUUAAGCCUCAGCAUGAGCUUCUCUUCUCUCUAACACAAUCCUGCAUAAAAUAUUACAAACAAAAUCCUCUUGAUGAACAACACAUUUUUCAGUUGCCAGUCGGACCAGCUGCUGUAAAGAAUUUGUAUCAAAGUGAGAAGCCGCAGAAAUGGAGAGUGGAGAUCAGCAGUAGUCAAAAGAGGGUGAAGACAGUGUGGCAGCUGAGUGACAGCUCCCCUAUAGACCAUUCCAGUUUCCACAGGCCUGAGUUUUCUGAAUUGACACUGAAUGGUAGUCUGGAAGAAAGGGUUGCCUUCAUUAACAUGGUUACCUGCAGCCAGGUGCACUUCAAGUAAAGCACACUGCAGGUCCUUGGAGGUAUCUUCUCUCAG